AGGCAGGGAAAUGUCAAAAUUGAGCCAUCGGUACGGCCCGCAAGACGCUCCCAGCCAAACGAACGCCUCUCUCAAGAACAGGUCCAUCGUAAUCGCCCAAAAUGCCACGUCCCAUCAAUUGCAUUGGCAUGAAAGUCGAUGCCUACAUUUUAAACACUUCAGUUGUAGGGGAUAGUUUCUUUCUGGCCCCGGUUCAUCCACCUCGCUAUGAGAGCCUGUCGUCCGGUGAAUUUGACUCACGGCCUGACGUCGAAGAUCCUAUUGAUCUCAACAAUGCCUCACCAUGGAGAAUUAACCCUCGUAUCGCGGAUAUUGGAACAGGAGAGGUCAUCAAAUCCAAAUUAGGUGUAUACCUUCACUGGUGUUUGCCCAAGACCUUCCGGUUGGGCAAAGCAGAUGCAGAUUCGCCCCAGGAAUUGGAAGCUACUGGACCAGUUCAAUAUGACGCUGUUCCUGACAGAUGGCUCAUUUUCCGCCACAUAGCAGAAUCUCAACCAGAAACACCAGCUCUGGAGAUAUUUCUAGUAGAGAGCAACAAGAUUCGAAACGUCAGUCAUAUCAUCAAUGAGGGAGGGGAUCCCCACUCGGGUUCAUCACCAUUCAUCGAUCGAAGCCUGACAGCAGAAGAGCAAGUUCAAACAGUCUUGGGACAAGUCUCACGUCUUCCCCAAGACUGGAGCGGUGUUGAUAAUGAUCCAGCAAGCCAUCACAGCCCUCUCACUGUCUUGGGAUCGGGCAAUCCCCUGUUCGCGGACUUUAUACCUCAGAACUCAGCUGUCUUUAGCUUUCACGAUGACCUAACAAAAGAGGAUGGCGAACCUGGCUCAAUUGAGAGCGCAAACAUCAACUAUUCUGUCUACGGCUUCUUUGCUAAAGAAGCCCUCCAACUUGCCUCUACCUCCUCUAGCGAAGCAUCGACAUCGAUCUCAGUAUGCUGGGGAUCACUUUAUUCUGUGCAUUAUCAAAGGGAUGUUGCUCCCAGCAAGAUCAAAGCGGCAGAGAAAGCCAAGCUGUUUUCGGACAAGCAGCCAGUGGCCGUCGGAAACGACGUGAUGGAUGCAUGUGUUGCCUUGCUGAGAGGCUCGUCACAUAAAGAAGUCUCCAUGGCCGAAGCUUUCGAGAGUCUAAAGAGCGAUGCUUCUUUGCAGCAGUCCAAUUCACAACUUGACCGUGCAUCGACAGCUGCCACCAACUUUAAGGGCACGCAUGGCGGAUACUGCUGGCAUAUAAAGAAGAAGGAAGACAAAGGUGCUUCGUUUGGCAGUCUGUCGUUUGCACAAGCCCAGCAGCCUAGUGUUCCGACUGCAGAGCAGAAGGAGGUGUUACACCAGUUAAACACAAUGCAAAACUACCUCGAUGCACUUUGUCGGCGGAAAAGGUACACGAGACAUCUGGUCUUUUGCGAAUGGUGGAAACAUCGAAGUCUAAUCGGUGGCCACGACACUCUUUCAGUACAGCGCAGAUCUCAGUGUACUGCAAGGGCUAAACGGCUCCUAGAAGAGAUGCAAAGCCUUACUCUGUUGAUAUCUUCAGCCGAGAGCCAUCUCCUGGCGGUUCUGGAUAAGUCAGUGUCACAUGGACCAUUCGAAAAGGAGGAGACCAGCAAGUUCUUCUCCCAUACAGACCCUGCGUUUGUUCUCAGAGACAUGGGCUCCGGGUGGCCUGAGAAUUGGGAUGCUAAUCCCACCACAAUCGAGACCGAAUCUUUUAACUCAUGGCUGGACACAAAUGCUGAGGCUUUGAAGAAGUGGAUAGACACUACGACUUUCGUUAAGGAUGGUGCCCCAACCACCAAGGCUCGUAUUCCUGAUCUAUGGGAGCAAAUCAACAACCAUAAUGGGCUCCGCCAACUUCCCAGCGAGCUUCGUCAAUCUGUGACCAAUACUAUGCUGGCGUUUACCAAGGAGAUCGCGGCAGAGCGUCCUGGUGAGAAUGUACUGAUCCAGAACCCUUCUUGGAAAGAAUGUUGCUGGGACGGUCAGCCAUGGCUACCUCUAUUCGUUGAUUGGGAGGUGGAGUACGUGAAUAUCCCCAGCAACAUGUGGCAAUUGAGAUACGACGACGACGGCUCGGUUCAGUAUGGACUUGACAGUGACCAGAAGCUAUCAGACCUGAAACUGGGCUCUCGUACAUUUUCUGGAAGAAGCAUUCUACAGCCAAACGGCCAGAAGCUUAUUCUUGGGCUCCUAGAUAUGAUGCACCGUACAGUUCCUGGUGCUUCUGGCGAGUCAGAUGCGGUGAAAUCCUUAGCAGAAAAGUUCCUCAAGGGCCAGAAUUUAACCUUUGGUCGACUUGAUGGGUUCACCGAUCAUCUUCUUACUCUUGGCCAAGGAGCUCAUGCUAUCCCCAUGAAAGAGGGGUCAUCUACGCUCGGGGAAGAGAUUUUUGCCAACCGAGAAUCUCUUGAGAUCUUCUAUGGGGGUCCAAGGGACUUGUCGUCGGGUGGCCUUGAUGUAACUCCAUAUGGAACAUACCAUGAGGGUUUGUCAUAUGAGACCUUGACCAGCGCUGAUGCUGUUGAUGAAAAAAAUCGGUUCUUCCAACCCGUCACUCAUGGUCAGGCACGGCUGACUCAGUUCAAGCUUGUCGACCGUUUUGGGCAGGUCAUCUGCGCUCACGAUCCACGACCAGAACAGCCUAAAGAAACUCUGUAUCCUCAUAUCGGGUCUGCCCUGCUUUGUGAACCGGACAGUGACGCUUCACCAAAUACAGCAUUUGCGACAUCCUCGAGCGAGAAUGAAGCAGACGAUUGUGAAUGGUUUCAGCUUAGUCCACGGAUCAACCAAGACGCUCGUCUUCAUGCUGCAUUCCUGUGUGAUGAAGACAGUUCAGGGACCCAGCCAGUGACUGAAGGCGACAAUGCGGUGUUUGCAUGGCUCCUCAUCAACUUUCAUAACCAGUCUAUACAGGUCUAUGACAAGAAUCGGACAUUCAAGGGAGAAGCGAUUCUUCCCACUGGACCCCACCAACCGGUUCAUUGGCAUUCACUGAUCGGGGGUGACAUGUCUUCCGACAUCCUUCCACACAUGAUGCGCGACGAACAUGACUUUCGACUUCAAGCUCGGCUGGAUAAAGUAGAUACCUCGGCACUGAAAGGGUACAAGCAGCCCAUGUCGCUGGAUGACCUGAUCACAUCAAUGUCACAUGCACCUUUCAUCAUUGGUCUUUGGAAGACCAUCGUUGCCGCUCAAGAUCACAUUCAGGCGCCACCAGCCCAACAAUUCGCCCAGUUUCCUUCGGCUCUUGUUGGUCGUCCUGUUGCUCUCGCACAUCUUGGACUGGGAAUCGAACUUGCAACGCCUCCCAUGCAGAGUCAAGCCUAUGCUGACUAUGCUGAGGGCGAAAGCGAUAGCAUCACUGGUAGUGGUCUUUCUGAGACAACUGAAGACGAGGAGCUCACACGAUACGAGUUUGGCAUCAAGUUGGGCGACAUGCUGGGUCACCAAGAUGGCUUGAUCGGGUACUUCACACCUCUGGAAGCUGACGAAGCUUGGAACAUUGUCACGGACUAUGCUGUUGAUGAUGCAUCCUUGCCAAACGUGAGACAUUCGGGUGAUGCACCUCCUCUCACCGUGUCCCCCAGCUAUCCACCAGUCCUGUCUUCAGGUACUUCUGAGCCCUUCAACAUCAGCGAUGUGGCUGGUGACUACCAGAAGAGGAAGGCCGAGGCCUUGCAAUCUUCUCUUGUCACUGUACUCCUGGAUCCCUUCCUUCCGAUCCACAUACGCUCAGGAAUACUCCCCGCAGCCCAAGCACAGCUCAAUCGAGACGAAAUCGAGCGAGACCUUCAGAAUCUCGGCGUUUGGUUCCGUUCAGGCCCAGUAAUUAUUGGAUCUCGUGGCUCAGACCCUGUCUCCUCGCAAGAUGGCAAAAUGCGUAUACAAGUGAUCGGUGAUGGCAAGGAUACCAAAGGUCCUCUUGUGCCAGUACACACUAUGUCAACAACGACAUCUGGUGCUGAAUGGCAGUGGGUCCAGCCUGUGAUGAACGAACCUGGGAGGAAAGAGAAUAUUGACGCUUUGGCUGGUGAAGUUAGAUAUGUGCAUUUGGGCGUCACGAAGCCAUUGAAGGAGGGGUUUGAUGCAACAGUGGGAGCGGAUGAUGAGAAGGCCAGAGAGGAUGACAUAGAGGUAGCUGUUGCUUUGGACGGAUAUCUGUUGCUAAGACCAAACACGAAGAAGGAUAGCUAGAACCAGAUUUGGGAUGUUUAUUUAGUAUAAAAAAGCUUGACUACGUAUUUGAUGAUCGAGGUUUUGACUUGACUCUGGGGUUGGACAUCUUGUCUAUUCAACGAGACAUCUUAUUAGACAAGGUCAAGCACUUUUUGGAAUGCAGAUCUAGAUAACAAACUAC